AUGGCCGAGCCUUUUUCCUGGAAUCGAACGAGCUACCUUGGUGAAAGUAAGGACCCAUUUGCCCUGACUGCUUUUGGGAUGACCUUCAACGUCGUGUCGCAGGUCAAGCACUCAGCCGAGGUCUAUCGCAAUACCGAGACGCUCUCGUUUGAAGAAUUCGUGCAAGGAUUAAUGCGCAUCAACGGCAACGAUGAGAAAAUCAUCAAGACCGUAUAUACCGCUCUGCCAACUGACAAGACCGGCUUCCCGAACCCCCAGGGCGAGUCGCUCGGCGUACUGGCGCAGAGAAUGCAUGCGCACCAGCUCCAUCCUGGCGAAAGCCUCGUAGCCCUCCAGAAGCAAGUCCAGGCUUGGGUUGACCGGAACCUGACCAUUGCCGAUCUUGCCAUGUAUCCCAGCUCGGUAACCAAAGGCCCCACGAGCAUCGAGGUACCGCUGUAUCAAUGGUGUUCCGAGAUCUUCAUCCAGCUCGGUCAGGACGUCUACUUCGGCCGGAAACUGGCAGAGAUCGACCCAGGGCUGCCCGCCGCAUUUUUGGCCUUCGACGAGCUCAUCUGGGAGAUGCUAUACCAGUAUCCCAACUUCUUGUCCGCGGACAUGACCAUGCCGCGUGCCCAGGUCAUCGCCUCGUUGAACAAGUACUUCGACGUGCCGCAGAGCCAGCGCAGCGGCGGGACGGCAUGGCUGAUCAAUGCCAUGGAAGACGAGAUGCGGGCUAUCGGGGUAGAGGGUGAAGAUUUAGCCGUCGUGCUACCUGAUCCACCGCCCCUGCUCGCCGCCUACCGUGCCGAGACAGCCGCCGCUUUUGGACCGACCGGCGCGCUCGUCGACCCGGUGCUGAUCCAGGAUCCGUCGCGCUGCCCUUCCGUGGACGCCAUCUGGCACGAGACGCUGCGCAUGUCCGGAUGGGCUGCAUCUGUGAGGCUGAUGACGGCGAACACGGUCAUCGGCGGCAAGCUCAUGCGCAAGGGCAACCGCGUCAUGGUGCCGCACCGGCUACUGCACUUUGACGCGAGUGUCUUCGGUGACGAGCCGCACCGAUUCCGGCCCGAGCGCUGGCAGCAGAAGCAGAAGGGGGCGGCCGACGACGGGCCCGCAGGAACGAAUAGUCUCGCGCGCAGCCCGUCGUGGCGGCCUUUUGGCGGGGGUAAGACGAUGUGCAGCGGCCGGUUUCUUGCACGCUUCUCGGUGACGACGUUCGUGGCGACGCUGUUACAGAGGUUCGACGUGCAGCUCGUCGGCAAUCCGCCGUUCCCUGGGGCUGGUGAGGGUAGGCCCGUGUUGGUGACCAUGUCAACUAAGGAGGGCGACGAAUACCUUGUGAAGAUAUCCGUUCGGGACCUGAUCGAGACGAACAUCGCCAUCAUCGUGGGCUUCAUGCUUGCAUGUGCGCAUUUCGCGACCGUCACGAUUGGCGUAUCGGCCUUCUUCAAGUCGAUCCGGUCGCGGCUGCUGGGCAGCUCGGCGCCGGCGACCAAGACGAAGGGCAGCAGCGAGCAGGCCAAAACGCCGACACUCGUCACGUUCGGCGCGAACCAGACGCCGCGCCGCAAGAAGUACUUGGAGCUUCCCGACACCAACCUGCUCAUGUCCCAGGGCAACCUUACUGUCGCAGGCGACCCCGCGGACGACUACGAGAUGCACUCCAAGCCGAGUAGUAACAUUACACAUAAAGAGGCCGAGCAGGGUGUGUAG